AAAGUCUUAAAGCGCAGUGAAAAAAGGAUGUACUCGAUUCAUAAACGACAAAUGCUUGGACCGAACGCUUAGAAAUUACCUGACAAUGUCACUGACUAUACUCUUCAACAAUUACAGACAGGAAACAGAACUUUUGUCAAAUGAGAAUUUGAGAAAUGGAAUCGGAGGAGCUCAACAGAGAUGGAUUUGGUGGUUCAUUACCUGUUGAGAAUGUCCAAGCUCUUGUGUCCAAGAACCUGAAAGACAUCCCAUCCAGGUACAUCAGGCCAGAGGUUGAGUUCGAUGUGAUUGCUCUCCAUGAAUCCCUUGAGAUCCCAGUGAUUGACAUGAGCAAGCUUGGCCAUGAUGAUGAACUGGAAAAACUCCAUUUGGCUUGCAAGGACUGGGGCUUCUUCCAGUUAAUCAAUCAUGGGGUGGGGGAUGAAGUGAUUGAGAAGAUGAAGAUUGACAUACAGGAGUUCUUUGAGUUGCCACUGGAGGAGAAGAUGGCUUGUGCACAGCUACCAAAUAACAUUGAAGGCUACGGCCAAGCCUUUGUAGUGUCAGAAGACCAAAAGCUUGAUUGGGGUGACAUGCUGUUCCUUCUUCCCCUGCCCGCGCCCGUAAGAAAUAUGAGAUUCUGGCCUACCAUCCCCUCUUCAUUCAGAGAAACCUUGGAGAAAUACUCAACAGAGCUACAAAAGGUUACAACUCAUCUCAUAAGGCUGAUGGCGAAGAAUCUGGGAACUGAUCUUGAGACGCUUGCAAGCUUCUUUGAGGAUGGGACACAAGGCAUUAGAAUGAACUAUUAUCCACCUUGUGCACAGGCAAACAAGGUUUUUGGCUUAGCACCACACUCUGACGCCACAGCCUUAACACUGCUGAUUCAGGUUAAUGAAGUCGACGGAUUACAAAUCAAGAAAAAUGGCAAAUGGGUGCCGGUCAAACCCCUCCCUGGUUCAUUUAUCAUCAAUAUUGGAGACGUUAUUGAGAUUAUGAGCAAUGGAGAAUAUAAAAGCAUAGAACACAGAGCUGUUGUGAACCCGGUUACAGAGCGCCUGUCAAUUGCCGCAUUUCAUAGUCCAAACAUAAAAACCAAGAUUGGUCCUUUGCCUGAUCUUGUCAAGGCAAACGAAGCUAAGUACAGGACCAUGUCACAUGAGGAGUUCAUUAAAAUGACUACAACCAGCAAACUUGAUGGGAAAGGUCUCUUAGAACAAAUGAAGCUCUGACUCAUACUCUUAGUCACACCUUAUAUCACCUCUUCUGUUCGUGUUAAACACUUCGAAGCUAUUUUUACCAUAAGUUUAUCCAAAAUGCAAAGAAAAUUUCGGUUACAUAAAGUUGUAAAGGCAAAGGUUCAAAGAAUCUGCUUCAGCCUGAUGGUACAGUUGCCAUUAACAUGAUUAUCGGAUUAAGAAAUUUGAUUCACCGUAUAGCUCCAAGGCUCAUUUAUCAUUUCAGUACUCUGUUCCAAAAUAGAAUGCAGUGCAAAAGAAGAUGAAUUCUCAGAACAUCCGUUGCACAGUGAAGUAAAACAUCAAAUUAAAUUUGGUAUAAUUCUCACAUCAUUUACAAUACACUAGCCAGGCGAGAGACCUCAAAAAGUCCAUAACACUUAAAAAGCAACCUAAUAAAUCUAUCAUAAACAAUCACCCCAUAUUAAAACUGAAGCAUAAAAGUCUUUUGAGUCUCUAGGCACGAUUGCUGAUCAUAAGAUCCGGCCAAAUCACAGUUUGUCAAGAAGGCAUGAGAACAAGGAGCAUUCGAGAUUAUCCUGAAAAACUCACAUAUGAACAUGGGCAUGACAAUACAAUCUUUCAAAAGAUAACCCUUAACAAGAACCCCUGGCAGAAUCCUAGUACUCAAGUAAAAUUUGACAAUCUCCUGUGAGCAACAAACUUUCUAAAUUGCAUCAGUAAGCUGAUACAAUCAUCUGCCACUCACAAGUCAAAACACAGGUACUACUCACUGCCUUCCAAAGAUAAUUCUAUUUUGACUUUUCCUAAUUAAACUUUUUCAUUUAAAAUUUUGAUAUUUUACAUACUAUGUGAGAAGAAGCUAAGCCUAGAUUUUGCUAAUAAGUGUUAUAGCAAAACCUGCUAAGCUUACCUUUACUUUAGAGUUUUCAAUCUGAUAAAACACAAUUUCUUGUUAGAGUGCUAUUUUCAUGCCCCAAAUGAUUCUAAGGAAUCAUAAACCCUCUCUAAUACUGAUGUAGUCAUCAUGUUUUUGAGUUACAACCUCAACCAUUUGGAACAUUGACAUUCAUAACAACUAAAUGAAAGGAUUUUCAUUCAAAAUUUAGCAUGACCUAUCUCAAAUUUAGCAUGACCUAUCUCUUUUAUAUAUAUAUAUAUAUAUAUAUAUAUCAAGGCAUAAACUUAAUCACCUUAUGCUUAGAACAUGCUAAACUUUAAAUGAAAUCCCUACCACCAGUUAUUAAUGUUUUCAAAUAACCUUGUACGGGCUUUAGAUUAACUCUCUGAAACACUUCAAAUUUAGAAAGGAAAAGUUUUGAAUUUCAUUUCCAUUCUUAGUUUUAAACCCAAGUGAUAUACAUAAAAAAUAUCAAAGCAAUAUUGCUUUGACCAAAAAGGGAAAAAAGAACACAAAGACAGAGGAAUGCUUGGUUUCUAGAGACACGCUAACACACAUCUUGAUGUUAGAACUUGAGAUGCAGGAUUCGAACACAACAUGACAACCUAAUGAGCAAUCUGAAGAACAAUUCAAGUAGGGCAUUCCUUAUUAUUAUAAAAUGUUUUCUUAACUAAAAACAUUAAUGAAAGAAAAGGGCAUCAGUUCUCCAAGGUGAUAGCAUCAGGAAAAGAUUAUCAGACGCAAAUUACCCAUUAAAGAAAAGAAUUCCUCAGUUGCCCAAGCGCAUUGCCAUAAUGGAAAAUUAGUUUAAUUGAUAAAACGACUUAAAGAAAACUGAACAUUGAAUGCCUUAGCACACAGAAAAAGGUUCCAUCAACAUCUAUUGCAGUUAAAAAUUAUUUAGGAAUGGGAAUCAAACCCAAAUCCCAGCCCAACCCUACAAAUGCCUUUUCCACUAUGCUAGUAUAUAAGACAAGAUUAAUAUGCAUAUAGCCUUCAUAACUCUAGUGAUAAAGGAAUCCAGAGAGCCUCAAAUCCUAAACAAAAGAAAGCUUUCAAACAUACAAAAAAAAAAUGGGCAUCAGGUCUCCAAGGUGAUUUAGCAUCAAAGAAACAAUUCAGCCGCAAAUUACCCAUUAAUAAAAUGAGAUUCAUCACAUGCCCCAUAACACAAA